AUGUUGCAAAGAACCAUCCUCCGCGCCUCAAGACAGCAGGCUGCCCGCUCAAUACGGCCUUUUGCGCCACUACGUCAACAAUCACCCAUCACACGAGCAGUCGCGACGCCCGCUAUCCGGUGGUACUCAGAUGCUGCACCAGCAAAGGAGGGCGAGGCUGCCGAGAAGAAGGAGGAUGCGCCCGCAGAGAACAAUGAGGCAACACAAUUGAAGGAACAGCUAGAGAAGAAGGACAAGGAAAUUGUCGACUUGAAGGACAAGUACCUCCGCUCAGUCGCCGACUUCCGCAACCUCCAAGAGCGCACCCAGCGCGAAAUCAAGGCCGCUAAAGACUUCGCCAUCCAGCGCUUCGCCCGCGACCUCGUAGAGUCCGUCGACAACCUCGACCGCGCCCUUGGCACCGUGCCAGAAGAGAAGCUCAAGGGGGAUAACACCGACCUCAUUGCCCUGCACGACGGCAUCAAGAUGACCGACACCAUCCUCAUCAACACGCUGAAGAAGCACGGUCUGGAGCGAUUCGACCCCAGCGAGGCGGCCGAGAAGUUCGACCCCAACAUCCACGAGGCGGUCUUCCAAGCGCCGCAGCCGGACAAGGAGGACGGAACUUGCUUCCACACACAGCAGAAGGGCUUCAAGCUCAACGGCCGGACACUGCGACCGGCCAAGGUUGGCGUUGUAAAGAACGCUUAA